CUCAACACCCAUGAUCCCCAGCCAACCCUGGCAUACCCUCUCAUUAAGAUGGGAAAUGCCUCCGAAACAUUUCUGUUCAUGUCUAAAAUAUCAAAAGACAAUGACUUCAUCAUGGGAACGCUCUACACCAUUUUUGGUGUGCUGUCGGUGCUUGGAAAUGGCAUCCUGCUGUUCGUGGCCUAUAGAAAGAAGUCCUCCUUGAAGCCAGCAGAGUUCUUUGUGGUAAACCUGUCCAUCAGUGACCUGAGCAUGACCGUAACCUUGUUUCCAUUUGCAAUACCUUCAACCUACACACACAUGUGGUUGUUUAAUGAGACAGCCUGUACUGUGUAUGCCUUUUGUGGUGUUUUGUUUGGCCUGUGCAGUCUGACCAACCUAACAGUGCUCUCCUGUGUCUGCUGGCUCAAGGUCUGCUGUCCUAACUACGGUAACAAGUUUUCAUAUGUCCAUGCAUGCCUGCUGGUUGCAGGCAUCUGGUGCUACGCUGGAGUCUUUGCUGUCGGUCCCCUGUCGGGCUGGGGAGAGUACGGGCCUGAGCCUUAUGGUACAGCAUGCUGCAUCAACUGGCAUGCGCCGAACUAUAAUUCUGCAGCUAUGAGCUACAUCAUCUGUCUCUUCUUCUUCUGCUAUAUUUUGCCCUGCACUAUAAUUUUUCUUUCCUACACAUUCAUCCUGCUGACUGUCCGUGGCUCACACCAGGCUGUGCAGCAGCAUAUGUCCCCACAGAACAAGAUCACCAAUGCACAAGCGCUUAUCGUUAAGCUUUCAGUGGCAGUUUGCAUCGGUUUCCUGACAGCAUGGAGUCCAUAUGCUAUUGUGUCUAUGUGGGCAGCGUUUGGUAACUCAACAACUGUACCACCUAUAGCUUUUGCUGUGGCAGCUAUCUUUGCCAAGUCCUCCACCCUUUACAACCCUAUCGUCUACCUGGCUUUCAAGCCCAAUUUUCGCAAGUCCUUGUGUCGAGAUGUGGCGAAUUGCAGAAGGAGACUCUGUGGAUGUUUGUGCCAGGGUGGCUCUGCAGAGAAGGGAAUUUGCAGGCAGUCCCAUCACAAAGAAGAAUGCAACUCUACAAGGUUAUCCAAUGGGUUACCAGAGAACCACAGGACCUGCAGACACUGUCCUUGCCCAGAAACAGACAACGGUAAUAGAGAAAAUUGUAUAGACUACAGUCCUCAGCAAACCGCCAGGAUUCUUCAAGGAUCCGUACACAGUGAAGUGGCUGUCAGCCAGCUCUCCAAUGAGAUGCAGAGUGACUUUCUCUAGAGGAACAAGUGGAAAAUGAAGUAUGAAGCAAAAAGUGGCACGAAUGAAGCCCAAAUAACAGUAAGUGCAAGUUGGGGGGAAAGUGAAAAUGCAAUCAAACAAACAAAAAUGGUAAGAA